AGCAAACAUCGUAUCCCUUCGUGAAAACCAAGACACUCGAGCAACUCUCCAAUUCAUCUGACUACUGGAUUUCCCUCAUCUUCUUGCCCGAAGAUCGCCAUCUUGCUUCAUUCUUCGUUAACACAUGGAGUUGAUUCCGGGUCUACCGGACGACAUAGCCCGAGAAUGCUUGAUCCGAGUCCCCUAUGCCGGAUUCCCCGCCAUGGCGUCCGCGUGCAAGGGGUGGAAGGCUGAGAUCGAACUUCCCCAGUUUCGGUCGCAUCGCAAAUCCGCGGGUUACAGCCAAACGAUCUUGGUCAUGGCUCAAGCCGUGCUCGACCCAGCCCGGAGCAUCGGAUUCGCGAACCUUUGCCACGUCCCGGUUUACCGCCUGACCACUUUCGAGCCGGUCUCCGGUUCUUGGAGUGAGUUGCCGCCGCCUCCCGAGUUCUCCAGGGGCUUCCCCAUGUUUUGUCAGUUAGCCGCCGCUGGGUCGGACCUUGUUGUGAUUGGCGGGCUCGAUCCGGUUUCGUGGGAGGCCUCGAGUUCGGUCUACAUCUACAGCUUCAUAACCGCCACAUGGCGGCGCGGGGCCGACAUGCCGGGCGUACGACGCUCGUUCUUCGGCUGCGCGUCAGAUGGCGACGGCAUGGUGUUCGUCGCCGGAGGUCACGACGGGGAGAAGAACGCGCUUAGGUCUGCAGUGGCGUACCUCGUGGGGAGAGACGAGUGGGCAGCUUUGCCCGACAUGGCGAGGGAGCGCGACGAGUGCAAGGGGAUCUUCCACGGUGGCAAGUUCCACGUUAUCGGCGGCUAUGGCACCGAGACGCAGGGGAGGUUCGAGAAGAGCUGCGAGGCCUUCGACGCCGCGACGAGGCAGUGGGGCCCGGUGCGGGAGGACGCGUUGACGGCGGGCACCUGCCCGAGGAGCUGCGUGGACGGCGACGGGGACGAUCACUUUUACAUGUGCAAGGACGGCGAUGUGUUGGCGCUUAGAGGAUCCACGUGGCGGGUGGAGGCUAAAAUACCCGGUGACGUGUGCAAUCCCAGUCACGUGACAAAGUGGCAAGGGAAGUUACUGGUGAUUGGGUCUCCGACAACCGGCGAGCCUCAAGAGGCUUACGUGUUGGACCUGAGGACGUGUGCUUGGACAAACGUGGAGUUGCCAGAAAAGUUUUCCGGUCAUGUUCAAGUUGGCUGUUGUGUGGAGAUUUAAGAGGAACAAGACUCGGAAAUAAAAAGCUUGGUGUGUACAGAUUCUAAUAUGACAUUACUCUUUAAUAUGUCA